AUUUAUUACAUAAUCACUGAUGUAAUAUGACCACAACAACAACAAAUGUUAAGGUUGAGGUGAACUCAAACUGGGUAUUCACUAUGAAAAAUCGUAUAUUGGCCAAGACUGAAAAGAUGCCAAAUAUGGGAUGCGUAAUUUGGACAGGCUGCCAAAAAUGGACAAAAGAAUGGAUUAUAAAAAAUAUGGAGUUAUUCGUGCAAAAAUACCUGGUCGUCCAAAACACCAAACUUUUAAAGUACACCGACUCCAGUAUAUGCUCCACCACAAUCACUUUGACAUACCUCGUAGCAUGGAUGUAUCGCAUUUAUGUCACCACUCCCUCUGUGUUAAUAUUGAACACUUGAGCCUCGAACCACAUUAUGUUAACAACAACUGUCAGCACUGUCUAAACAUUGUCCCGAAACACUGCAUCGGCCAUCCAGGUUAUAGAGACUGUUUUUCUUCUUCUUGGGGACAGGUAUGUAUGAUCUGUUAGACAUGGUGGUACAACUUCGGAGUCAAGUACAUUCUUCUUGAAAUCUUCCAAGGCAUCGGGAACAGCUGGGUGAGGCCGAAGUAACCGCAUAUUGCCAGUCGUCCCCUGUGAAUCGGUGACCACAUAUGAAGAUGCACCUCGACUCGUUGACGGCUUAGCCACUGCAUCAAAGUCUUCCCUGGACAGCCUGGUACAGGGGGUGAAAACAAAGUAUAAAGAAUUUGAGAAGAAGGGAAAAUCGUUUAUGGAAUUGCAUAAAGUGCGACAGUUUGAAGAGGACUUUGACACGAAGGAAUUUGUACAACAGGCGCAGGACAUCAUCAUAGAGGCACAGGAAUGUUUGCAGGAGAGAUGGUGUUUGGCUUGGAGAACAAGACGUUCAGGUGGAUGUUCGUCGAGUCGAUUGAACCCCCGCGAGUAACACAGGUGCGCACACAGGAGGUGUUUGGAAAAGACAAUCUGUUUGCGCAGAUCACAGUCAGGAUGCACACGAAACAGAUACUUGCGGUGUAUGACCGUUUUGGCCGGUUGAUGUACGGCAGUGACAGAAUAGCGAAGGAUGUCUUGGAGUAUGUGGUGCUAGAGAAGCACAUCGCUAACGAGUACGGCUUGUGGAGAAUUCACAGCAAGAUCAUUCCGGACUGGAUGCGAACACGCGAACCUCUCUUAAAGACAUUUCGCAAACCAGAGUUCUCUCCCUUGUCUGCUGAAGAAACCGAAGAAGACUCCUCGGUUGCUACGACCUCAUGAUGUAGAAAGAAUAAAAGUCACAACUGUAGCGGGAUAUUUUGCAAAAAUUUCUCUUCUGCUGAACUCAAAGUGUGGUCAAUGUUUCAUAGAUUCGGCUGCAGUACUGUGUUUCAGAAUGCUACAGUGGGUGGCAUGUAGGACUGUGGUAGAGCGCUCGCCUGAGGAGCUCAAGUGGCCUCUGGCCUUGUUCUAUUUACAGUAAACCCAAUCUAAACCGGACAACCUCAGGAUCAAGAAAAAUGUCCGGUUUUAAGAGGUAUCUGGUUUAGAGAGGUUAAUUCUAUACUGAUUUUUAAAAAGGUACUGUAAAAAAGGGUCUGGUUUUGAGGAAAUUCUGAUUAACAGGGUCUGGUUUUGAGAGGUUUCACUGUAUAUGUGAGAAUAUGGCUAGAGUAUGCAGUGUUAAAAACUGUCAAUUUAAAAAAAAAAUUGUUUACACUAUUAUUAUUAAUUAAAGAGACUACCAGUAUGCUGGGUUUGCUAAAA